GACGUCUUCGUGUUCCUCGAGCUUGUUGCCUAAAUCCGAAAUCCGAGAGGUUCCAUUGCCGCUGACAAGGCUUCGAUUUUUGUCUUGUAAUGGUUGUGAGAGCUGGCGACGCUCUCGUAACUUUUUCUCGUGGAUUUUUGCAGAUUUUUCGUCGUGUUUUGAUCUGUUUUCGGAGCUGUGCGGUGGUAGGAACAGUUUGAAUCCAACGCCGCUGGAGGUGCUGGGUUUGAUUCCGGAGUUUUCGUUGUUAAGUUUUUUGUUCACGGAGCUUGGCGGAGUCGAGAAUCGCGAGGUUGGUUCAAGGCAAGUGUGGAGGGGUGGUCUAGAAACCAUGUGUGAUAGAAAAAUGGUGUAAUUGGAACCGGCAGGUAGGGUUUCUGACUACAUAUGGGCUCGGUCCUUGAGGCUGAAUAUCAAUGUCGGGCCCAAGAAUGCACAGUAGGGGUCCGUAGCAGGGGUCGGAGGUGCGAUUUGUGACACAGAAUAAUUCUCGUCGGGGAAUCUAUUCUUUUGGAAUUUGCUGAGGGCAUCUAAGAUAUUGCUACGGUGUACGCCAGAGUGGCGAGAGCUGCCGGAUCAUCCUCUCUCCCUUGGAAUCUGGCAUAGAAGAUUAGAAAGUCAGUUCGGUUGUUGGAAGUGAUGUCCAAGGCCCGGGUGUACACGGAUGUGAAUGUUCAGCGUCCGAAAGAGUACUGGGAUUACGAAGCCCUUGUCGUCCAAUGGGGCGAUCAAGAUGACUACGAGGUUGUACGCAAGGUGGGGCGCGGCAAAUACAGCGAGGUGUUUGAAGGUGUCAAUAUUGUUAACAAUGAGCGUUGCGUGAUCAAAAUUUUGAAGCCUGUCAAGAAGAAAAAGAUUAAAAGAGAAAUCAAGAUAUUACAGAAUCUGUGUGGAGGCCCCAAUAUUGUGAAGCUUUUGGACAUUGUCAGAGAUCAGCAAUCCAAAACCCCCAGUCUAGUAUUUGAGUAUGUGAAUAACAGAGACUUCAAAGUUCUGUACCCAACGCUUACGGAUUAUGACAUACGGUACUAUAUUCAUGAACUCCUGAAGGCCUUGGAUUACUGUCAUUCGCAAGGGAUAAUGCAUCGAGACGUCAAACCACAUAAUGUGAUGAUUGAUCAUGAGCAGCGAAAAUUAAGGCUCAUCGAUUGGGGACUUGCGGAGUUUUAUCAUCCUGGAAAAGAGUACAACGUGCGCGUUGCUUCCAGGUACUUUAAGGGCCCAGAGUUACUUGUCGAUCUUCAAGACUACGAUUAUUCUUUGGACAUGUGGAGUUUAGGAUGCAUGUUUGCUGGAAUGAUUUUCCGCAAGGAGCCGUUUUUCUAUGGUCAUGACAAUUAUGAUCAGCUUGUCAAGAUCGCUAAGGUUUUGGGCACAGAUGAUUUGAAUUGCUACCUUAACAAGUAUCGGUUGGAGUUGGACCCGCAUCUCGAGGCUUUGGUUGGAAAACAUAGUAGGAAACCUUGGUCAAAAUUCAUAAAUGCUGACAACCAACAUCUGGUUGCUCCGGAGGCACUGGAUUUCUUGGACAAGCUUCUUCGGUAUGAUCAUCAAGAUAGGCUCACUGCCAGAGAAGCAAUGGCCCAUCCCUACUUCUAUCCCUUACGUUCGAUGGAAACAAAUAACCGAAGUAGUGCCUGAGACAAAUAUAUUCCAUAUUCAAGUGGGUCUUCAAAACCUGGUGCCAGAUGAAUGACUUAAGUGGCGAACCUGUGUUGGUGAAUUUUGGGCUAGGUAGUCUUCCUAUAUGAUUAGAUUCUCCCCUUGGAGUUGCAGGGUCAUAGGUGGUUAAUUAGUUCAUGGCAUUGUCCUGGCUGAACGUCAUACAUGACUGCUAUCUCCUCGUUCCUGGACUUGCUGUAGGUUCAGUAAAUUCCUCGUUUCUGAUGUGAAUCGAGAAAGAUCACUAUUCAUUGUAACAGUAGAUAGUGAAACUACAGGUGCGACUAAUAUUUUAAGAAGCAUUUGGAGCGAAGGGAAAUCGUCUCGGCAUCUUUGACAGCUUGUGCUCAACACGAGGGCGAUUGAAGGACUCCUUUAUAGAACUCUUUGAAAUCGUGGUCAGUGUUGUUACUUUCCUUCAGAUGAAAAUCCGAUUCAGGCUUCCUGGGCGUUUAAGUGACUUAUUUUUGUUAUUUCUGUUAUAUAUUGAAUAUAAUUUCUACCUUCAUUUUA